UGUCGGGUCGUUCAGUGAUGUGAUGCAGCUGCUGGAGGAGGAGGAGGAGUGAUGAAGAGGAGCAGGAGUUAGUUGGCCUCUUUUGUUCAGUCGUGGGGGACCAACCAUGCUGCUGAAGUGAGGCCUCAGAGCAGAAGAGUCAAGAAUCAGGGAAGAUGCUGAUACUGGAAUGGACCGCGUGCCUCCUGGGACUCUUAACGGCACGCGCCGCUUCACCUGCCGGAGAUUUGGAAGGAGGGUCUGGCUCCGGGAUGCUGGCAGAGGAAGUGGACGUUCUGCAGGAGCUUUCCCGUCUAGUGUCAGACAGCAGCAAUGCCUCCUGGACAGUGGAGGACGGCAGGUGUCCGAUCCUCCAGGUGGGACAGUACUCCACCCUGGCUCUUCCCAUGCAGCAGCUCUUCCUCGACAGUUUUGCAGAUGAGUUCAGUUUGCUGGUGCAGUUCCGGAGUCAUCAGAGGGAGGAAUGCAGCGUCUUGACCAUACUGAGCCCCGACAGCCACAUCAUGCUGCAGCUGCGGAUCAGCGCCCGCGCUGUCAUCUUCAUCGGAACUCAGCAGCGACACUAUGAGUUCCCGGUGGGGGGUCUGUGUGACGGGGAGUGGCAUCACGUGGGGGUCAGCGUGUCCACCAAGCGUCUGUCGUUGUACGCCGACUGCUCUCUGCUGGAGAGCGUGGACUGGGUGAACCUGGGCAUGGGGAUCGGCACCGACGGCCUGCUCAUGGUUGGAGGAACCAUCGAGGCUUUUGAGACUCCCUUUGAAGGUCAUCUUCGACAGUUGGUCAUCCGCUUAGGCGACCCUGAUGGUGCCAAUCAACACUGCAGCCACCACCCACCCCUCUGCAAUAAGCCCGCCCCCAAGUCCCCUCGCUCCUCUGCACACACCAUGAAGGCCUCUGAGAGACUUCUGCUGUCCUCGAAUGACCUGAAAGACCUGGAGGGGGAUUCCAGGGAGGAGUCCAUUUUGAGCUUUGACCAAACUGCAGCAUUCCUUCGACACCGGGGUGAUGGUACCAUACCCUCCAGACCUGACCGAAAAGGCUCAGCAGGACGUGGAGAUGUCUUUGUAGUGGAUGAGGAAAUCGACUUGUUGGAUCCUAUCUUCCAAAAUGGUGGAUAUGUGAACCCUCAAUGGAAGCCUUCCAGAAAUGGACUUGAGGGACGUCAGAAGGGAAAAUUUGACAGAAUACCUAAAAAGUUUGAGGACAAUGUUACAACAGAGAAAGAGAAGACAGAUUCUAGUGGGAGAACUUCACUGGACUUUCCAAAAAAACCUACAGAUGAUAUCAUUGACUUGGACAUUGGAAGUGCUCCUAAAAAGCCUUCAGUUGGGUUUUCUCCACUUCCUAAGACCCCAACAAGUCCCAGAACAUCCACAGAUCCCAACAAAUCAAUAGAAGAAUCUGAGGAUUCAAAAACUUUUACCCCAGCUCCUACCAAGACCAUCAUCCCUGUGCCGACCACCAUACCCUUUGACCAAAGAACCAGGCAGGUAGAAAAAGGAAAACAACCAGACCUGGAUCAUUCUGGGACUAUAACCAUCGUGUCCAAAGACGGUGAUCUGGGCAUCGGCUCAGAUGGGAAAAAGUACAGGCUCCAAAGGGGGCCACCUGGCAGAAUGGGUCCCCCGGGUCUGGAGGGUUGUCCCGGCGAUCCAGGUCCUCCGGGGUUUAAAGGUGACAAGGGUAAGACGGGCGAUGAAGGAAGACGGGGAAAACCCGGAGCACCAGGUCCUCCUGGUCCACCGGGCUUACCGAGCUUCUACCUGUGGAGAAACACUGCGGAGGAAUGGGCAGCUUUCCAGCAAACCAACUUCUACCAGCUGCUUUGUUCUAGUUGGCCUACUAAAGAAGGCACACAAGGGCCCCCUGGAGAAAUGGGCAAACCUGGCAUAGAGGGGCCAACUGGGGAACCUGGACAGCGAGGACAGCCAGGAACUCCAGGAGACAUGGGGGAGCGUGGCCCCAGGGGCCCUCCAGGACGAGCCGGAAUGCCAGGAAAAGAUGGGGAAAAUGGGGAAGAUGGUCAGCCCGGAUUACCUGGUGCUCCGGGAUCACAGGGUCUGUGGGGAUACAGAGGAGAACGAGGAUCCAAAGGGGAAAAGGGGGAUGAGGGAUUCUUGGGUCUGCAGGGUCCAAAAGGAGAGACUGGAGAACGCGGUGAGAAGGGACCCAGAGGUUUGCCUGGCCCCCCUGGAGCUGUCGGCCUUUCUGGCCCUCCUGGAUUCCGUGGUGGGACUGGGGCAGAGGGGCCCCUGGGUCCUGAUGGGGAGAGUGGACUGGACGGCCCCCCAGGUCUGCCAGGGCUUCCGGGGGCUCCGGGACUGACCGGGCGAGUCGGCGCUCAGGGAGUUAACGGCUCAAGGGGGGACAUGGGGCCAGCUGGCAGCGGGGGCCCCCAGGGCCCUCAGGGGCCUCCAGGUUUAGAGGGACAGAUUGGACCUCCAGGGCGCAGAGGGCCACAAGGGUACCCUGGAAGAACGGGGGCUCCAGGAGCUAAAGGAGAUCCUGGGCCUGUGGGGCCGAUGGGGGCACGGGGGGAUCCUGGCUUCGAAGGGCCCAUGGGUGAAAGGGGGAGUCGUGGUCAUGCGGGUUUUCCAGGAGCGACCGGAAAAAGAGGAGCGGAUGGGGACAAAGGAGAUCCAGGAUUCAAAGGGGACAAAGGUUUCCAGGGAGCCACGGGUAUUCGGGGUCCUCAAGGAGAAAGGGGUCUCAUCGGUCUGCCAGGUUUUUCAGGAGUCAGCGGCCCUCCUGGCCCCCGAGGCAGCGAGGGACUUGAUGGUGAAAGUGGUCUUCAGGGGAAGAAAGGCGGCUUACAAGGACUGCCUGGACCACAGGGAGCAGAAGGAAAGCCUGGUACACAGGGUCCACCAGGUCCAGAUGGAGGUCCUGGCAGUAAAGGACCAACGGGAUUUGAAGGAAUUGCUGGGGAGAGAGGAAUUGAGGGUUCACCAGGUUCACAGGGCCCACAAGGACGAAUAGGGGCCCCAGGUCAACCAGGCUCCCCAGGACAGAAGGGCUUUUUAGGGAAGCCUGGCUUGGAAGGACCACAGGGCCCAGUUGGCAUGUAUGGCAUUCAGGGUAACGUGGGCAUGCGUGGACUCCCGGGCUUCACAGGAAGCAGGGGGGAGCCGGGUUUGAGAGGCUUUCCUGGUUCUCCUGGAAAACCAGGACCUGCUGGCCCCCCAGGUCCUCCUGGAGAGACUGGGCCCCGAGGACCUCAGGGGCGACCUGGUGAUGACGGGCUGAAGGGGAUUGAGGGCCCACUGGGCCCUCCUGGUCUUCCAGGUCCCAAUGGUCCAACAGGCAAACUUGGUCCCAGAGGGAGCAUUGGACCCCCAGGGCCUCAGGGGCCACAGGGACCAGCAGGAAUCCCAGGCCCCCAGGGUGAUGCUGGGUUAGCUGGAGUCACAGGGGACAGAGGACAGAAGGGUUUUCCAGGGCCAGCAGGGAGUGAUGGCCCCCCAGGACAAAGUGGACCCCAGGGUCUCCCCGGUCUGACAGGAACUGAAGGCCCACCUGGAAAGAAAGGAGAUCAGGGAGUCCAAGGACCCUGUGGGAAGCCUGGCGCUCAGGGGCUCAACGGACCACGGGGUCUUGAGGGGAUAAAAGGACUACAAGGGCCACCGGGUCCACCCGGUAAACAGGGGGACGUUGGGCGUCCCGGCGAGACUGGAGAUCCUGGACCCAGAGGGGACAAGGGAGACGUUGGUCCCAUCGGUUCAUCCGGGCGAGAGGGCCCCUGGGGAGCUGUUGGUGAAAAUGGAGUCAGGGGUCCAAAGGGGGAAAAGGGCUUCAUCGGGUUAUUGGGUGAACCAGGGCCGGUUGGUGACAUGGGUCCUGCUGGUCUGGAAGGUUUUCGGGGGACCUUUGGUCCUUCAGGACCUCUAGGACCUGAUGGAGCUCCAGGAGAAAAGGGGGAGUUUGGGUCUCCAGGAGUUCCUGGACCUGCAGGAGCACUAGGUCCUCAGGGAACAAGUGGACCGCGGGGCGUUCGAGGUGACCCUGGGAAGCUGGGCCUGCCUGGAUCAGCCGGACCAGCUGGACAUCAAGGUGACCAAGGAGCCAAAGGAGAACCUGGUACACAAGGACCAAAGGGAGAACUGGGAGCUCCAGGUUUGCCUGGAGAUCAGGGUGAAGACGGACCUCCAGGAAUCCAGGGCCCUGCAGGUCUGCCGGGAUCUGAGGGACUGUCUGGAGAAGCGGGGCUCAUUGGCCCCCCGGGUCCUGAAGGUUCCCCCGGAAAGCAAGGAGCACCAGGACCUGGAGGAAAAGAAGGGAUGAAGGGAGAAAAGGGUGAUGAUGGACGGGCUGGACUUCCAGGGAAGAAAGGUCACACUGGGCGGAGAGGAAAACGAGGGAAAGCUGGCAUCAGGGGGAUCAGAGGAGAUACUGGACCAAAGGGUGAAAAAGGGGACGUGGGUCCGGCGGGCCUCCCAGGGUGGCCAGGGCUCAUGGGACUCCCUGGCUUACGAGGAGAGUUGGGGGAUAAAGGUGAAGCUGGUCAACAGGGUCAGAAGGGAGACGCGGGACUGUUGGGACCCCCUGGUCAAGACGGCCUUAAGGGAAUUAGAGGUCCGGUCGGAGUGCCUGGCCCAGUGGGCAAAAAGGGGGAACAGGGAAACAUCGGUCCACCAGGACCAAGAGGAUCGCUGGGGAUGCCAGGAUUACCUGGAUUGUUCGGACUGAAGGGAUUGAAAGGCUACCAAGGUCCACCCGGUCAGCCUGGCAGAAAGGGGCUCCCGGGUCCACCUGGUGUUCCGGGUCCUCCAGGAAAGUCCCUGAACAUGACCCUGACUCAACUGAAGGAACUGGUGUACAUGUCCGACAUGCCCAAAUACUCCCUGAUCCAGACGCUGCUGGACUCCCUGCAGCUGGAGCUGCGGCUGCUGCUGGACCCUCCGGACGGCAGCCGGGAGCACCCCGCCACCACCUGUCUGGAGCUGUGGCUCUGCCACCCCGAGUACAGCAGCGGAAUGUAUUACAUCGACCCCAACCAGGGCAGCUCAGCCGACGCCUUGCUGGCCUACUGCAGCUUCUCCUCUUCGUCUAAAGAGACCUGCCUCCAUCCUGAGAACCCUCAGCUCCACAUGAAGGCCUGGAUGGAGGGCUUUCCUGAAGGAGACUCCUUCCACUGGCUCAGCAAAAUGGAUCAGGGCUAUCAGUUCUCCUAUCCAGAUGCCAGCGUGGUCCAGAUGCGUUUCCUGAGGUUGCACAGCAUCACUGCUGUACAGAAGGUCACCUACUCAUGUCAUCCAGGAUAUAGACAAGGCCAAACAGAACGAAGCGUGAAAUUUCUCACGGAUACAAGAAGGCAAAGCUACCUCGGAGCUCUGAGAGACUGUGUGCCCGGAGAGGAGAUGGAUUCUGGUUCUCGGGAGUCUGUCUACGAGUUCCAGGACCUCCACUUCCUUCCUCUACGAGACGUGGCGCUGAUGGGAGGAGCAAACAUCUCGCACCAGUUCGCUUUCACAGUUGGACCCGUGUGCUUCAGCUAAAGGUGGGACAGAGCUGUGACGUCUGAGGGGCCUCAGAAAGCACGGAGAGAUAAGACUUUGGACCCCAAGAGGCCCUGUGGAGCUUUUGAGGGGAUGAGAUCUCUCAAGUUAAGUGACUCCGUCUGAAUUUGACAGAGCACAAGUGCUUUCUUCAAUUUUGUUUACAGAGACAUUUAUCUUGUAUGAACUAAUUUAAAUAUGUUUAACAUUUUAUUAUGUUUUGUAUGGAUGCGAUGUGUUUUUAGAGAUUUGUUCCUCUUUCGAUUACUGUUGGUAUCAAAGUGAGUCCCACUCCUGAACAGGCAGCAUCUGCUGUUCUGUUGGUGGUUCUUCUCCAGUCCGGAUGGAUCCAUUUAACAAUGGUGCUGAUUAUGUUUCUUAUUCCUUGCAAAAAGGGACACUUGUUUAUCAAACUCACACUUGGUGCUGUCCGUUAACCAACGUUCCUCAGCUAAAAAAGGAAAAAACUACUAGUUUUUGCAGCUUUAUAUAAUCAAAGUGUUUUCUCUCAAUCUCAGGUAUGAUGAAUCAAUACCACACCUUAUCUGCUGCCUUCAGCUGCUCUGGUUUCAUAAAUCAAUAAGAGCUAAAUGGAAAAGUAAUUGAAUAAAUCAUCUAAAAUACUGAAA